GUUCAUUCAGGCUUCGGAUUCAGCUCUUCCUCGUCUUCGCCCCAAGUGAAUGUUAGCGUCUUCUUUCCUCUUAUUUAUUUCUGUUUCUCAUUUUAAAUUUCUUUGCACACCUGAAUAUUGGGACUUUCCUGGAUUUUUUUAUAGUUUCAGAUAAGUUGUUGAACAUUGCUGUUAUUAAUCCGAUUAUCUUACUUAUUAGUUCCGUUGAAUUUGAUGCUUGGAUUCGGCGUUUGUGUUUGAGUUGUGAAUUUGUAGCGUUUAGCUGCAAAAUCGAUGUUACUUUAAUUUGUUUGUGAGAUCAAUGCGGUAUAAAUGUGUGGCGAUUCUAGGUUUUCAUGUUGGACUGUUUAAAGUAUAUUUUACUAUAAGUUGAACUGUGUUCGUCGUAUUGAUCAAGAAGUUAAAUUGGUUGCUGGAUGCCUUUUGUGAAACUAGUGUAGUUUGAAUUGACGUUGAAGAAGAGUUAUAUACUCCCUCGAAAUGAUUGUCCGGUUUGGUUUUUUUAUUUUUAGUACCAAGUGUACUAUUGCGAAAAUCGAGGCUGGACAAUAUUUUGGGAAGGAGAGUAAUUAUAAAGGAGAAAAAGAUCAGAUAGGAAUUGUUUGUACAUGUAUUGCAGACUACUGAUUUGCCGCUGGUUCAGUUGAUUAUAGGCUAUGUGUUCAAAGGUCUAUACAUCGAAUAUAUUUUCUUGGUUAAACUGGCUAUAUGCUUUAUUUAAUCUUAGCUUUUGUUCCUCGAUCAAUAAUGGUCGGAAUAGAAAAACUAAUGUUUUUUCUCUGACAGAAUGCCGCUGCUAAUGAUUGAGGAUACUACAAGCCUGAGUUACUGGUUAAAUUGGAGGGCCUUGCUCUGCUCAUUAUGGGUCUUGACCCCCAUGUUAGUUGCAAUAUAUAUAUUAUGGAAAUAUGAACGUCCGACAAAACAUUCAGAAUCUGACACUGAGCCUCUACGUGACCAGAGAUCCAGAAUCUUGUCCGAUGAUGAUGCGUGUUGGAAACCAUGUAUAGAAGCAAUUCCCGCAAGUCUUUUGUUGUUGUAUCGGCUAAUUUCAUUUUGUCUACUCUUGGUUGCCCUUAGUUUUGACGUUGCAGCACAUGGAGCUGCUUUGUUUCAUUAUUAUACUCAGUGGACUUUUACGUUGGUUACCGUCUAUUUUGGGCUUGGAUCUCUGUUAUCAUUGUAUGGAUGCUGUCAACAUAACCGAAAUGCCUUUGGGCAGAGUAAGUUUUAUGGUGAAGACACAGAAAAAGGUUUGUACGGGCCACUUGUUAGCGAAGGGGCUACAAAUGGAAACACGGUGGAAAGGUUAGGUGGGAAGAGGAAGGUUUCUGACCCACACUGUGCUGGUUUCCUGAGUUGCAUAUUUCAGAUCUUAUUCCAGAUGACCGCUGGGGCAGUGAUGCUUACUGAUUCCGUUUACUGGUUUGUAAUAUUCCCGUUCAUCAACAUAAAAAACUACGAGAUGAGUUUUUUGACAGUUGUGGCGCAUUCGCUUAAUGCAAUCUUGCUUUUCGGGGAUGCAGCUUUGAAUUCCUUGGCCAUUCGCACCAUUAUGUUAUGCUCGCUCAUGUCUGCUUUGCGUCCACAGCUAGAUGGUUUCCUCAAUCUUACUGGUGUCCAAGGUGACGGUCAUGAUUACGUGGAUGAACUUCAUAUCACCGGCUUGUAG